AUGGAUUUGUUUCUGGGCUCUCCAUUCUGCUCCACUGAUGUCGUAUAUUCACCUGAGUGUAAUGAGGGAGACAUUUUGUUCUUUUUUUUUUUUUCAUCUUGCUGUUUUCAUUUUACUGCGGAGGUAUUGCCAGAGCAUGACAUAAAAGAUUCAUUUCAAAAGGUGAUUCUUAGAAAAUAUGGAAGCAGUGACCUUAAUACUUUACAUUUAAAGAAAGACUACCAAAGUGUGGGUAAUUGCAAGGGGCAGAAAAGCAGAUACAAUGGCCUUCAUCAAUGUUUGUCAACUACCCGUAGCAAAACCUGUCAAUGUAAUAAAUGUGGUAAAGCUUUUGGGUUGUGCUCAAUCUUCACUGAACAUAAGGAAAUUUUUAGCAAAGAGAAAUGCUACAAAUGUGAGGAAUGUGGCAAAGACUGUAGGUUGUUCUCAGAUUUUACUCUACAGAAGAGAAUCCAUACUGCAGAGAGAUGCUACAAAUGUGAAGAUUGUGCCAAAGUUUUUAAAAAGUUCUCAAACCUUACUGAACAUAAUAGAGUUCAUACUGGAGAGAAACCCUACAAAUGUGAAGAAUGUGGCAAAACAUUUACCUGUUCCUCAACCCUUAUUAAACACAAGAGAAAUCAUUCUGGAGACAGACCCGGCAAAUGUGAAGAAUGUAACAAAGCGUACAGGUGGUUCUCACACCUUGCUAAACAUAAGAGAAUUCAUACUGGAGAGAAAUCCUACAAAUGUAAUGAAUGUGGAAAAGCUUUUACAUGGAUCUCGGUCCUUAGUCAUCAUAAGAAAAUUCAUACUAGAGAGAAACCCUACAUCUGUGAAGGAUGUGGCAAAGCCUUUACCCGCUCCUCAAUCCUGAUUAGCCACAAGAGAAUUCAUAUGGAAGAGAGACCCUACAAAUGUGAAGAAUGUAACAAAGCCUACAAGUGGUUCUCAAACCUUGCUUGA